AUGAUAGGCAAAAAUGUAUACAAAAAGAAGGAUUUUAUAAAUUAAUUAUAAAAGAUACAAACUUACUUUUUAAAUUUCAAAGUAUAUAUAAUUUUAUUGAUUAGAUAAUAUUUUAAUCAAAGAGUUAAAAUGAUUAAAAAGGGGAAUAUUUAUUCAAAUACUUAAGAAUGAUAGGUAUAUUAGAAUAUGAGGGAAGAUGUUACAGCUGAAAAAAAUAGUAAUAUUAUGAUAGUUUCGGGUAGUUAUAAUUAUAUAAUAAAUAUAAUUGAUAAGAUAAGGGGUUUAUUAUAAAUAAUUAAGAAGCAAAUAAGAAUAAAUGGUAGCAUUAUUGGAAACAAACGAAGAUAAGGUUGAAGAAAUAGAUAUUAAUUAAAAUAAUGAUGGGAUUCAUAGAAAUCAGUUUAGCAAUAUAUUAUAAAGGGAGGAGUUGUAAUAGUCAUUCUGAUCCAGAUUCAUUAUAAUUAAUGCUUAUGUAAAAUAAUGAAGAGGAGGAGAACUAUUAACAAUAGUAAUAAAAACGAUAAUAAUUUUAAUAAAAAUAAGAAUAAAAUUAAUAUCCAUUUAAUUUUGAAGAUUAGGUAGGAGAAGAUGAUAAUAAUGAAUAUUAACAUGAUUUAAAUGAUGCUUAGAUUGAAGAACAAGAUUAAUAUUAAGAAGAAGAUGGCGACUAUAAUAUAAAUGUUGAUGAAGUUUUUGAAGAAGAUAAAGAUGAUGAGAAUGAUUAAUGUAGAAAGUAGAAAAUAAAGGUAAUUUAAAGUAUCAUUUUUAUAUUAUUCACUAUCAUCAAUAAGCAAAUUAUGUCUUAUACAUUUAAAGAAAGAUCUGA